AUGCCGUUCUGCCUCGCCACCGACUCGUUGUGCAACCUGGGCAUGUCACUUAACCAGUCCCGGUUACCUCAUAAGGCUUACUUAUACCCACUUAUCGCCCCCGUGACGGCCUUGGGCGGGCUCGGCCCGGGCCGCACCCUGGAGGCAGCGGCAGCAGCGGCGGCAGCGGCUGGCCGGGAGGGCUGGCUGGGCCCCGGGCCGGCCUGCUGCGGGACUGGCUGUCGGGGUGAGCAGCGGCCACCGGGGCCUGGCUGUCGUGAGGCUGGCGGGGAGGCGGCCGCUGAUGUAUGGUGGGGACGGGCGGCUUCGGUACGGUCCCUGCAAGCCCUGCCCGGGCCCCAUCCCGCGGAGCUGCCCUCUCGUUCAGCAGGGGAAAGCAGUGGGCAGGCUUCGGGUACGGCUGACAGCGGCGCUGGGAGAAAAGGCUUUCCGGAAGGUACUGUGGCACUCGCACUGAACGUUACCUUCAGCCAGAAGCUACAGCUGCACCGAGGGAUGAGCAAAGCCAUACCUUGGUUUCCCUGUUGCCCUUGUCUCAGAGCUAAGCUGAAGCCUACCUCUGGAGGGGACUCGCAGCCCUGCCUGAAGCAAUGGAGGCCUGAACAUGGGGAAUGUUGGAACUAACCAUGUGAGAAAAGAUCCUGGAGUGAGAGGCUGCAUGCAUCCCAUGUCUGAGAUCAGGGUUUGUUCUGUGAAGCUGACCUUUAAAACAGCCUGAAAAUGAGGAACGUGGCACCAGAGAGCAGAGCAGGAAGCAUGAAAUGAUGUAAGAUUUGUUUCUUCUGCAUAGGAAUACUUUUUUUUUUUUUUGUUAAAGCUCCAGGUUUGUGAUUCAGCAUUUUCUGCCACUGACAGAAUAAAAGAAAGGGAAAAAAUCAGUGGAAAGAAAGAAUGUUCCUAUUGUUCUAGCCAAAAUCUAAAAAAAUACUAGACAUCA